CCCGGAAGUACUUGUCGCUAGAGGUCGCGCGCCAUGCUUUUCUUAAAUUUCCACGUCAACGAUUUUAAUUUUAGCGAGGUGUUGUGAUGACCAGUGUGUUUCGAAGUUUUUGUGGCACUUGUGGGUUUUCUGGAGGCUGAAAAUGUGCUUCUAGUUCUAGCUUACAACAGCUCGAAUAUCAGAACAAAAACAGAAUUGCCUUGUCACACUGAUUACCCAUACCCGGUGACUUCAUCUGAUCGACGGAAAACCAUCUCGGAGUCUUGACUAAGCGACUGACCAGCAGACAUCAUGCCCGUCUCACCAGAAGAACUCGUCAGACUGCUGGCCUUGCUGGCUACCGAAGAAAAUCUGAAAGUGACAGUCAAGGAGACACUGAAAGGUGGCGCUAUGGCGGGGGCCGGGGCGGUAAUUGGUGGUUUCUGCGGAGGUCCCGUCGGCAUUGCUGUUGGUGGCGCGCUAGGAAGCGUGAUGGCCCGGUGGAAGUACAAAGGCACCUGUCGGCCGGUAACCGACCUCCUGACGGAGCUUAGCAAAGAGCAGCGGGACCAGCUCCACGAGCACUUCCAGCCGGUACUCCGCGAGUGCAUCGUGGAAGACUUUGCCUCCAUGAACCGGCUGGUAAACCAGGACGGGGAAUUCCGGGCCCGGAUGGUUCAGACCCUAAGAGGGUUUGUCACCGACACCAUGAAACUGCAGUUUCAUGAAGAGGUCCUCACGAGAGGAAAAGCAGAAUGACGCACAUGUUUUAUUUUAUUAUUUUGGUUGUUUUUUGGCCAUCUCUUUGUACUUCUUACUAAUUUUUGUUUGUUUGAUGUAAUGCAUGCAAAGGAAAUUAAAUACAUUUUUUUUUUUUUGCAUUUUUUUGGGCUUGAGAGUCUAUAGUUUGCUAGUCUAUGGAAUAGACCUUUGCACAGCAAAGGUCUAUAAAUAUACUGGCAGAUUUUGCGAUUAAUUAUGCAAAACAAGGCUGCAUCUUGACCUUGAGAUUCUGACCAUUCAGUGGGCACCUUGGAUCCGGCCUUCCGUAACCCGCUGUUGUAUUACAAAAACAUGUCAGCCAAAUUGACCAAUCAACAGCUUUGUCCACAAUGGC